AUCCUGGAGAUCCUGGGCUCGGUGGGCUGUUGCAUUGUGGGUCAGACGGAGACUUUGGUCCCUGCAGAUCGAGUCCUGUACGACCUGAGAGACGCCACCAGCACCGUCAACAGCCUGCCUCUCAUCACUGCCUCGAUCCUCUCAAAGAAAGGAGCCGAGUCUCUGUCGGCGCUGGUUCUGGACGUGAAGUUUGGACGAGCCGCUCUGUACAAAGACCUGGACAGCGCUAGAGAGCUAGCUCAGUCACUGGUGCAUGCUGGGAACUUGCUGGGCAUGCGCACGGCGGCGGCGCUCAGCUGUAUGGACGCUGUGAUUGGUCGAUGUGUGGGCAACAGUCUGGAGGUGAUGGAGUCUCUGGAGACGCUGAAGGGGCGAGGACCUGAAGACCUGAUGGAGCUCGUCACAACUCUGGGCGGCUUGUUGCUGCAGAUGACUGGCUCUGUGUCCGACCCAUCAGAGGGCAAGAGGAAGAUUUCUCACGCUGUGAUUGGUGGAGCUGCUCUCUCAAAGUUCCAGGCCAUGAUGGAGGCUCAGGGAGUAGCCAAUGAGACGGCUCGGUCUCUAUGCUCCGCCCACUCAGAUUACUACAGCGUCCUGAGGAAAGCUGAGUAUCAGAUGGAGCUGAAGACACCGACAGAUGGAGAGGUUUUGGAAGUCGAUGGUUUGGCGUUAGCUGAAGUUCUCCAUAAAUUGGGGGCGGGUCGAUCGAAGGUGGGAGAACCUGUCAAUCACAGCACGGGGGCGGAGCUUCUGGUGUCGCUGGGUCAAAGAGUCAGCAAAGGCGCCUCCUGGCUGCGGCUGCAUUUCGAGACUCCGCGUCCGACUGCAGAUCAGAUCGCUCGCCUGCAGGGGGCGCUGACUGUCGGAUCAAACACACACACUCACACACACACUUUAGUGAGGGAACUACUGGUGCCUCAGUGACGCUAUAUUUAAUACUUAAACACAACUGCAGAUCAUGUGACUGAAGUCCAUGCUUUUACAUAAAACAGUUUACAAAAGUCAGCUUACUAAAAAUGUACUUCAAUAAAAGGACAAAGGUGUGAAUAUGUUUCCAAUGUAUAACUACAAUAUGAAAUACAUGAAGUAAAAAGAAGAGCCUCUGAAAUGAGGUAAACCUACAAAGUGUAAAUAAAUACUUAAGUAAAUAAAGGCAUUGUUUUAUUUUCCCAAAACAUGUGUUGGUAGCUAGGUAGCUUUAGCAUUACAGAAUUAAACAAAAGUGUUAUUCUAAACUAUUAUUUCUUUU